AUGCCAUCUGCUAUUACACAAGUCAAUUUAAAACAACAGAAUUUUAAUAAUUCAACAUCAAAUAAUUCUAAACUACAUUUUACUCCAUUAAUUCCAAAGAGUUCAAUCUCAAAGAAAAAUAAUAAUGGUAGCUCUACUGGUUCACCUCAUUUAGUUAUUAAAACUUCAAAACGUUGGAUUUUACCUCCAAGACCAAGACCUGGUAAGAGGAAUGUUCCAAAUAAUAAUACUAGUGUUACCAGUACUACUUCUUUAAAUUCAAAUUCUCAAAAGCAUACUUCAAUCUCAAUUCCUUCUUCUUCAACAUCAUCUGCAUCUAAUAAUCAACAAAAUAAACAGAAGAUUACUUCUUCCACUACUUUGCAUACAACUUCAAAAACAGUCAAAUCAAUUAAUAUUCCAAAGAAGGAACUAAAACAGCAACAACAUCAUCAUCAUAAUGACAAGAUUUUUACAUCAAAACAACAAAGAGGUGAGUUGAAUUAUUUAGCAUUUUUGAACUUUGAAGAAAGUGACGAAACUGAUAGAUCAACAUCAAAUGGUAGUGGUCAAACAUUGAUUCAUGAUUCAAUCCCAACCACAAGGGUUACCACAAAGAAUCUACCUUUAUUAAUGGUCUCUAAUAAUAAUUCAAAAGAAAUGACUCCAACAACAUCUAAUGUGAAAAGUGCAUCUCCUUUGAAUUUAGCUAAACAUAUUAAGAUAUCAGGUAAAGAAGUUCCACGUUCUCCAUUAGAUGUAUCUCCAAGUGCAACAAUGGUUUCAACACCAAAUAAUUCAUCAGCCGCUGACCAAUUCCAAAGAAGAUUUUCUGCUCCAAUUAAACCAUCUGCUGAUAAAAUCAACAGAAUGGACGAAAAUGCAUACUUUCAAAAGAUGUACGAUGAAAUGGAUAUCAUUCAAGAUGUCGAUAUGGAUUUCGAAUUAUUUUCCCAUCCUUCUGCUACUAUGAGCCCCAGUUCUACAAACAAAGAAAUGUCAGCAACUACUGAUGACACUAAUUUAACACUUGACACUGAAGAUGAACUAUAUAAUACUAUAUGGGAAUUCCUACCACGUUAUACCAACAAUAAAACCGUUCAUAAGGAUGAACAAGUUAACAAGAAGAAAAUUAACAAUGAGUCUGAGAAGACUAAUGCUAACUAUCUUUAUGUUGCUCCAUCGUUAGAAGAACUAAUGGAUGAACAAGACAAUUUCAUGAAUUUAUUUGAAGAUACGUCUAACAACAAUAUAACAACUAACAAUAACAUUUCUUCUACAUUUAACGAUGUUAAUGAUUUUACGUCAAAUAAUAUGAAAAAUUUUAUCAACAGUAAUGAUUUCGAUGAUGACCAUGAUUUCGAUAUUUUGAAAUCUGAAACUUUUUAG